AUGUUGGGAACAUUGGAUCCGGAACUGAAGUGUGAGUGGAAGAAACAUGUAGGGCCCUUGGUACAUGCUUACAACAGUACACGGCAUGAACAGACUGGCUAUAGUCCAUUCUACCUUAUGUUUGGGAGGAGGCCAUGGUUGCCAGUGGACUUAACUUUUGGGAUUGAGAGAAAGGAGAAGAAUUCAAGCCCGUGUAAAUAUGCGGAUGAGCUAAGAACCAGACAAAAGUCAGCUUAUGAUGUUGCCACAAUGAGUGCGGAUAAAGCUCGGGGGAGACAAAAUGAUAACUACGACAGACGGGUACGCGGUUCGAGCAUAGUGUGUGAUGAUAUAGUGUUAGUUAAGAAGUUGGUGCAUGAAGGGAAACAUAAGCUUGACAACAAGUGGGGAGAUAGAGUGUAUGUGAUUGAACAACAAGAGAACACCGAAAUACCGCUAUUCACUGUCAGGCCGGAAACAGGAACAGGUCGUAUAAGGAAGCUCCACAGGAAACUGCUACUACCAGUAGGAGAGUUAUUCUCCACUGUUGAUGAGAGCGGGGAUGUGGACCCUGAUCCUGUGAUUCUGAAGCCAAGACUUACACGGAACGGAUCUAUGGAUACUGUGGAGAAGCUAGUCAUCAAUGGAGCUGAUGAUGGUCCAACAGCUGAUCUAGUUAGCACUUCAUCCAGUGCUGAAGGGGCUAGAAAAGUUGGCAUGGACACUGGAGUUUCUUCUGACGUGGAUGAUGACCCAUUGUCAGAUGAAACUGAGGGUGGGAGCGGUGCUGAUGACGAUCAGACCUCUACUGCAGAGGAUCACCAGACGUCGCCCGGGAGGGUCCUCAAUGUAACGUAA